CGCUGUUAUCCCCGCUUCCCCCCAAGCCCCACCUCGGGACCAUCCGAGAAUUAUGACGUAGAUAUUUUUAACCACGUUAGGUACCUCACACGCGCGGCUUGGCCUUCACCUUAAAAUGAAUCGUAGGAAAUCUAGAUACUACAUAUAGGUAUAUUAUAAUAAGUCUUAUUUUCAUUUGUUCUACAUUACGUACUUCGCAGGUGGUCAUCUAAACCAUUCAUCCUAACGCCGGUGAAUCUUCUUCUUGCCCUCGAAAUGGUGGGAAUUUGGGAUCGUACAUUUCCAGAUUUCUUUUCCAUCCAACGUCUUUGGCUCUUCCCCCUCCUCGCCGGUUCAGCUUGGUUCCUGACGCUCACCAUUUUGCUGGUGAGAUGGCUGGCCAUUGAUCGUCCCCAAUACCCCGGGCAGGCAAAUCCGUGCGUCCCGUUUAUCAGCGACAUUGCGGCCCAUCAGUUCAAGCCCGUGUUCAUCAUCGGGUGCGCGGCCACGGGGAUCACGUUUAUCGGUACAAUAUUCGCGGUGCAUCACGUACGCUAUUCGCCCAAGUUUUACGGACUGGCAGACGACGCCCAGUGGCGGCAGACUAUGAGCUUCGUUGCGCAGAUUGCCGGCAUUGCUGCUGCAGUCAGCCUGAUAAAUCUGAGCAUCUUCGAUGCAGAUUAUGCGAACGUGAGACAUCGGCGCCUCCUUAUGGGAACAUUCGGAGGCCUUUUUGUGAGUGCGGUUGCUACUACUGCCGUGUGGUGGGAUCAAGUUUGGAGCCCUAUGGGGUUUGUCGGCCUUAGAAAAUGGUGCUUGUUUAACACAACUUUGGUGGCCUGUCAAUUCGGUUGCGGGCUAGCAUUCGUAAUUCUCAUGUACGGCGGCCAUUUCAAAUCGUCAGGAAUACUUGAAUGGUGCCUAACUUAUCUCGGCUCUUUCUGGAUUAUCUCGUUCGUGGGAUACACAAUGUUUAGAGAAGGUGAUCGCCCUACGAUUGAGAACGAUCCUGAGCAACAGCCACUAUUAACGUAGCGUUUAAUACACUACAAAUUAGUAGUUGGAUAUAAUUAUAGAAGGGAACUUUCGUCGUAAGACAAUAUGUCAAUAGGAUUCUUGUAGCUUCCGCUUUUCUCGUUUGGUAAUAUUUUAUAAUGAUCGUCUGGUACUUGGAUAUUCUUAUAGCUUGACUGGAUCUCGCUAAGUGUAGUUGAGGUACUAUAAAGUUCAUUUAAAAAAGGGGUUUCAGGAAUUUAAAAACCUCACACUAGUAGGCAUAUUUAAUAGGCCUGUAGCUAGAGGAAGCCAUUCCCUAAUCGAACAGCUAAGCAAUGAGGCGGCGUCGGUAGUGGACCUUGCGUUAGGUACUUACCUACCUACCUUAGGUAGGUAGGCACCCGAAGGGUGUAUCUUGUAGAUUCUCCACUUUUACUAGCAUUAAGCCCUGUUACAAGCAUAUUUCUAGACCGUGCGCUACUCCAGAAA